UCACGAAGCCGCAUAUAACAUGGAACUAACACGGAAAAGAGCCUUCUUCCUUGAGAGGUCUUCCACUACAAUGUCACUCAUCAGAUAUUGACUUUUCAUAGGAUCUUCUCUGCAACUCUGAUUGCUGGAAGUCUCUAGACGCGAGUAUCCUUCCCGGAAACGAGGUUUAUCUAUUGAAACUAUCAUGUCUUCGUCAGAUGAAAAGGCGGCUUUUACAUUCCUCCCGCUUGGCGGUAUCGUCCAAGAAUUUCGUGUGGAAGGCCACAACCUCGUUCUCGGGUUCCCUACUGAGAAGUUAUACCAGAAGUACCAUGCUCCUUAUUUUGGAGCUACGAUUGGCCGCACUACGAACCGGUUGAAAGAUGCAGUUAUCAAUAAUGUCAAUGGAAGGUCAUACAAUAUCACAACUGCCAGGGGACCGCACUCCAUUCACGGGGGAAAGGAUGGGUGGAAUACUAAGACAUUCUCGGGCCCAAAGCCUGUAAAUCGAAACGGUAAGGAGGGUUUGGAGUUUAGAUAUAUGAGUAAGGACGGCGAAGAGGGGUACCCGGGAACCGUUGAAUUGAGAGUUUGGUAUACCGCAGCUGAAGAGAACGAAGAAGGCCAGCCACAAAAAACAGUCCUUGAGGUUGAGUACGAAGUUGAAUUUGUGGGGGAUGAAUGUGACGAGACCGUUGUUGGGGUCACGAACCACAGUUACUUCAAUUUAGGUAAUGGUCCGACGAUCGAAGGAACUGAAGCCGUGUUGGAAACGGAUAAUUACCUUUCUACCGACCCCGAGGGCAUACCUACCGGUACCAUUGAGCGAUAUACCUCAACAGAAGUCAAGAAGCCAUUUUUUAUGAACGCCACUACCCCGGAUAUCGACGAGUGCUUCGUUAUGGACACGGACCCAUCGUCUAUUCCGCUGGACACUAGAUCUCGCCCGAUGAGACUGCUUGCUUCUUUCAAACACCUUGUAACUUCUUUUCACCUGGAAGUUUAUAGCACCGAGCCGGCCUUUCAAUUGUAUACUGGCAAGUAUAUCAAUAUUCCCGCAGUGUCUGGCUUGCCAGCGCGGGGACCAAGGUCAGGGUUCUGUGUGGAACCCAGUCGUUAUGCCAACGCCCCGAACGAACCAGAAUGGAGAAGUAUGUGCGUGUUGAAAAAAGGUCAGAAAUGGGGUGCCAAGUCUAUGUACAGGGCAUGGAAACAAUAGCGUACACCCAAGAAUAUGCCUACAAAUUUCAUCAUUGCCCUCCAGAUAAUCGCGGACCAGAAGCUGUGUAUACCUUGGAAAUGACUAUCCCGGGUCGUGCUCAAACUGAUCACGAUUUACUGGAUUACGGCGGGUCGAUAGUCACGAUUCCAUAGGAGAUAAAUUGGUAACUCUGAAUAAAAGGCCUAUUUGUUUUAUUCCACCUUACUGCAAACAAAUGGAUAUCAUUUUCAUUAUUUAACCCCGAUACUUUCCCCCGCAGCAUAAGGCGAUAUGCAAGUUUAUGUAUGUACAUACAUGCACUCAAGGGUCUCACCUUUCAUUUUGGUCCGUGUCCGGUUUCAGAGUCUUGACCUUUGGACAAUUACAACAAAGUAUGGUGAUAGGAA